GGGAUCGAUUUAAGUUUGGAUAAGAUCAUUUCUUGUACUCAAAUGAUCGAGAUAAACAACUACCACCAGGACGUACUGUAAUCGGGGUCUUGCCAAUGGCUUUGGUGACAAUACAGCGGUCACCUAGCCCAAGCAAUGACCCAGACGCGGAUGAUCCUGAUGGAGCGGAAGAAGGGGCAAGUGGCCGGUCACCUCUUCGGAAUAGAAGGACGAGUAAAUCGACUCUUCAGAAACUGCGGAAGUUUUUCCACACUGUGCGCUUUAUCACAAAGCUUCGACCUUGUCUGAGUGAGAGCUACUUCACGGUCAAAGGGACAGCACUCAUCCUGCCUCAGAGUGAAUGUGCUCGUAAGACUUCCAAGAAGAGUCAUGGAGGAGAUAUUCAGCAACACCUUCAGUCCAUGCUUUACUUGCUGCGGCAUGAAGACAGAAUCAAAGUGGCGGUCAAGCUGGAGCAGACUGGACAGGGUCACCAGCGGUACCUGGCGCUCGUGUCGACGGUCGGCCGCCAGGACACGGAGGAAUCGGUCAUCCUGGGAAUCGACUACACAGACCGUGCCAGCGUGGGGCUCGUGCUGCCCCUGUGGGCGGGGACCAAGAUCAAACUCAAUGGGGAUGGUGGUUUCAGUGUGAGUGUUGAUGACAAGAUCUACUUGUUUAAACCUGUAUCCGUCCAGGCAAUGUGGUCCGCCCUGCAGUGUGUCCAGAAGGCGGUCAGUCUGGCGGAGGAACAGAGAUACAUCCCGGGGGGGUUGACUCACACCUGGGUCGAGUACUACAACGCCAAGAUGGACCGCUCCGACUGCACACUCUUCAGACAGUGGCGUGUUAUGGAGGGAAUUGAAAUCUUUGGACCCAAUGCCGUCACUGAUUCUGAUGAUGACAAUAAAGCCAUGCAGCUGAAGAUCAGCGCCAGUCUGAAGGAAGUGAUGAUGUCCGUGGAUCUCGAUGAAGCCACAUCCAAGUCCCUGCGCACAGCUGUGGAGGAAAAGUUGGGAAUGUCUCUCAGUGACUACCGGAGUUACUUCGACUCGGAGAUGAUCCGAAUCCUCGGCCAGAUGGACUCGCCCACCAUGAUCCUCGACUUCCUGUUUCUCGGAUCCGAGUGGAAUGCAUCGAAUCUUGAGGAACUACGGAGCAAUGGUAUUGGCUACAUUUUGAACGUGACGCGUGAAAUUGACAACUUCUACACUGGGAUCUUGUCGUACAUGAAUGUGCGAGUCUACGAUGAACCGGAGUCCGAGCUGCUCAAACACUGGGAGAAGACGUACAAAUACAUCAACAAGGCCAGAAAGCAUGGGUCUAAAGUGCUGGUCCACUGUAAGAUGGGAAUCAGUCGAUCAGCUUCUACUGUGAUAGCCUACUUGAUGAAGGAGAACCGGUGGUCUCUGGAGAAAGCGUUGGAGUUUGUCCAAGAGAAGAGAGGUGUCAUCAAUCCCAACUCUGGUUUUCGUGAACAGCUCACGACAUAUGAAGGAAUGCUAAAAGCCAGUGACCAGCGUCAUGUGUUCCACUCGACAGAGCCAAGCCUGGGCAAUGUUGAUGAGGAAGACGAGGAGGUGCCCCCCGCGAACGAAGACAUUUUUUUAGGAGGGGGUCUGUUUCACUCAUCCCCUGACUGGCCACAUGACGAGCUGGCCUCGGAAGAGGAGAUCCUUCGCCGUCUCAAACUAGAGAAAGGUCAGGGUGAUAAUGACGAUGUGAUGAUGGAAGCAGACCUCGAAACUGGAUCCCGUAGCACAGACUCCCUGGAAGAGUCCCUGCCUGACAUCCCCUCCCCCACCCCGGACCAGGACCUGAAGAAGAAGACGACAUCUUCUGGUGAAUACCACUUUCAGCCGGAUCUCACUGGUUGUUUCAUCGUGAGUGGGGCGGUGGCAGGAAGCGAACCUGCUGUGAUGGACGAAUCUUCAGACGGAAGUACCGAUGACGAACUCAUGGACUGUGGGGAGGACACCCGGGAGGAAACGGCAGCAGGGUCUGAGGUGCCUGUUAUUGUGGAGCCUGUGCGGGAGCUGCUGUUUGUCGACACGUCGGCCGGUCAGUCGAGAAUCAAACCCGACAACAGCUGGAUCAAACUGGACAUCGACACCUCGGAAUCCACCGAUGACCCGGCUGCUGGUGAAGAUCAACAAGACGCUAGUAAACCGGUGUUCAGAAUCUCGGACGACGCCGAGUCUCCAGUGGCAGAUGUGUCCCACCCAGAGACCUACCUCAGUCAGGCAGUGGUGCCUAAUCUGGUGAGACCCACUGACAAAUCAGAACUAACCGCCGCAGCAGAGAGUGUGACAGACUCACCACAUGACCAUGUUGCCUUGGAUGCGACAGAGACGGUUAGUGAACCGAUAAGCGAUGUGGAUGAAGUGACUCUACAUGCGGACGAUGUCAGAGAGUCAGGUGUUGAUGAUGAGACUUGCACCUCAUCUCUGUUGGACAGACAGAUGGAGUUAGGAGUUAAACAGUAUUAUGCUCAGGAGCAAAUACCCUGGUUCCCGGGAACAGUUCAGAAAAUAAAACAGGAAAUCUGCAAAUCCACGGUCGCGUGUCAGCCAUGUGACGGUGCUGUUGUGGACGGUGCUCACUUCGAAGGGAGUCUGGAGUCUGAGAGCGAGGUGUUGGUGUCGGCGUAUGUUACAGCAGUUAACACACAGGAGCUGCACACGUCCCGGAGCUGUGUGGAGCUGCACACAAUGGAGGGGAUGGAGCGCCCGGCCAAGAGGAGGCGGCGCCCGGUGUCGGUAUAUGAGAAGGAGGAAAUCCCUCUACAGCAGGGGCUAGUCAGGAAAACCACACUGGAGAUCGAGGAGAAACACAGACUGUUCAGUGGAGAGGCAGACCGGAUUCUGUUUGGUGAUAUGAAACCCAUCCAGCGGUCGGCCAGUCUGAAGGAGGAAAGAUCAUCUUCGAAAUCUCGCAGAUCAGAGAGAAGGAAAACAUGCGGGCCAAUUAUGUCUCCACCCAUGUUAAAAUCUCAGCCAGACUUUCGUGUGGACGAUACGCAUCAGCAACAAAUUGCCACAGCUGAUUUAUGUGUGGACACUUGUUUAAAUGUGAACGCUGUUGAAAGUGCUCCAGUGUGUGAUUCUGAGACUGUUGUAGAAGAUAAGAUAUUAAUGAGAAGUGAGGAUGUGCAGUGCGAGAGAGAGAGUGAUAUGGAGUGUGGCAAGUCAGAAGAAUUCCUCGUCAGGUAUGGAGACGAACUUGUUCCCUUGGUGAAAGGAAAAGUAAAGAAACAGACGCAAGAUUUCGAGAGUAUGACGGAGACCGAGAAGAGUGAUUUACUGACAUCAAGUGAACAUAAAGAACCAAGUUGUUCCGUGGACGGUGACGCGACGUGUAGCACUGUUAGUGAUGUUAGUGCUUCUCAUAACAUUCCCAGAACUGUGUCGUGUGACAAGCAGCCAUCGGUUGGUAUGUCAAAACUCACUGACAGGUGGAUUAGUGUGAUGGACGAUAAAUCUAAACCAGAACAGCCAAAUGUGACAAACUGUAUUUCGAAACCUUCGUCUGCGAAGGCCACCAAGGAAAACAGUCCCUUUAACGACGAGACUCUAGCCCUGAUCCGGGAGAUUGGGUCGGUGUUGGUGAACAGUCCGGCUAAAUCGGCGUCUGAUGAUGCUGAAGCCGAGAAACUGGAGUGCAGCAAUGUGAAGAUGGUGGUGCGGCAGAUUGAGAAGCAGCAGGGUCAGAACGUGAAGAAACAUCACCGCGAGAUCAUCAUCAUCGAGGAUACAUCCAGCAAGAACAGCUCCUCCUCCUCCUCCGCGAGAUCGGCAGACUCCAGAGACCGAGGAGGCAGCGUGGAGAACUGUUCUUUUACCAAAGCUCCGUCCAUCGUGCAGUCGGCAGGCAGCGUGUUCGGCCUACAGGGCUUCCAUUCUACAGACACGGCGCAGCAAAUCAAAAACAGAACGGUCGAAGUGUCGGGCAACAAAGAUGAUGUUUAUCAUCCUAAUCCUCAUCUUCAGAGAGGAAAGGAUUCUGGCGUGGUCAGUUCUAACAGUUCAGACAGCGGUUCGGCAGAUAGAAGAAAUCUUUGUUUGAACUUGUCGGGAGAUCCGGGGCUGCGAACUGAAGCAGAAAAAAGACUGUCACAGGAUGAGGUGUUGGUGGAUGAUGUGGUCCAGGCUCCAAGAGUCCAGAGUCCAGGAUCCUCACCGAGGAGUGAUUCCGAUCAUUCGGUUGUCAGACAUCUCGUCGGCCGCUUUGAGAAAGAUGUUAAAAGUCCCGUUUUGGAAAAAGUCGAGUUCGUGACUGCUGGAAAAGCCAGCAGUGAAAGUCCCACCUCUAAAGACGCAGCAGCUACUGACAACACAGGCAGCAUCUCCACAGAAUCUCUGUCUUUCCAGACAAGGAAAGACUCCUUGAAGAGCUCUACUAUGUACAGAUCAGGGCCCAAGUCCUCAGAGAAAACCUCGCCACGGUUGACCAGGCCUAAGUCUGCAGACCAUGCAGAGUCAAGGCAGUGUAAAUCUUCCGUGGAGCAGUUGAGGUUGAAGAGACAGGGAAACGUUACGCAGUGGCUUCCUGAGGGCACGGAGGUGCAUCAGUUUGGACAGCAGGUCGAGCCUGAUGAGUGUCGCAAAGUGCGAUGUCUACAAGGAAAAAGCCACCCACUUACUAAACUGAAUUCUAGACUAGGAUCCAACCCCUUCUAUAACACUAUGUAAAUCACAACCCUUAAUUAUAUGGUUCAGGACAGUUCCAUUUUUAUUUUAUUAUUAACACUAUUUAUUUCCAUUUUUAUUAACAGAUUUGUGAACAGACACAGCUAUCCCAGGAAUGAUCACAUGGGGAAUGGGCCAAAGUCGUUUUAAAAAUAUUAAGUUAUUCAGUACAGAUAAAAAGGCAUCCCAUUCCAGCCGUAGAAAUGUGAGUUUGUUCAUUUCUGAAUAAAUGAAAAAAUUACAACAUCAGGGAAUGUCACAUCUGAUGACGUCAUUUUAUAUUGAUACUUGGAGCAUUGUUGCUCAAGAACAAAAAACAAAAUUUGUUUUGUAUUUGUAUUAAUAACUGUUUGAAAUUUAAUUAUAAGGCUUGUCUGUUAUUUAUUUCAGGUUCAUCUGGGUUUUAACAAACAAAAAAAGCAUGGCAAACUUUUACCCACAACCUAAAAGAAAUAACAGACAGUACUUCAAUAUAUACCCAUGAAAUAAACUGUGAUUUAGAUUAUGUAUGCAUAAAGGAAAAGAUAUGACCAACCUACUAGGCAGACAACAACUAAUGACAGUGCCUCUCACGAUGUGAUCAUUUGUGGAAUAGUUGUAAUAGACUCGUCUCUCAGAAUCAUCUCGACAUAUUGCCAUUAUUAACACUUGGAUUUACAUUGUCAUCCAUACUGUAGACUCGAGUAACUCCAGUCUGCUACCCGUGCAUAUCAGUGUGUUGCCAGUAUUUUGUAGUCUGUGUUAAUGUUAGACUAGGUUUGUACAUCUUUACAAGUGCUAUGCAAUAAUCAGCCAAAUAAAUACAUUGUGCCACAGUUGGAUUUGUAAUGGCGAAUGUAUUCAUUAUCUUUUGUGCUAAGUGUUUUGUCAUACAUCUUCACUGUCCAAACCCGGUUGCUUCCAAAAAUUCUGCAUCACAUUUUGGUACAUUAGUUACCUGCCAAUGUUAGAUUUGUCACAACAGGUGCUUCAGUCGGUGUUAUGGUAAUGACAAAGGGUAGAGUAUACUAUUUAUAUGCACCUAUCCAGUUCUGUGUAAGUAAAACUAAUGUGAGUCACUUGUCCAUUAUCAAGAUUAUUUCUUGCAGUGUGAAGAUGAGGUUCCAUUCAGUGUAGCUUACUUUUGUGUUUUCAUCUAAUUAAGGUUGAAGCACACUGUCCUGUGCACACAUCUCCACUAUCUGGACAGUUUGUCUAGAACAUAGGGUUAGUAGUUAAUGAGAGAAAAGUCUGUGUGGUGGCCUUAGACCUAUUAAAUCUGUUGUUAAAGCUCAAUCUGGGUGGGAGUCACUAUGUAUUAGCCUUAAGCACUACACGACCGAGGCCAGUUGAGAUGGCGUCUCUUUAGGAUGUUUUUCUGGCUUUUAUUUGUCAGUUAUGUGUGGUUAUUACUUGAUAAUACAUAUUUGCCUUAUUUAAAUAUCAGUCACUCAUACAAAAUACAUAACUAGUACUAAUAUAAAAAGCUAUAUGUUGUCAAAAUAAUUUAUUGAGAGGUGAAUAUUCCAAAAAUGCCUGAUUUCUGCCUUAUUUGUCAGUACUAAGGAUUUAAAAAACAAAAAUCCUAAUUGCGGUACCCUCUGCCAUCAUAUAGGUUUUGUUGUUUAUACCGAGAAGGAGGAAUAUACCACUUCCGUAAAAAAAAUUUCACAAACUGCAGUAGACAAUAAGUCGAUUCUGAUUUUGUUUUAUUUUUUAAAGCGAUUUCAUCAUUUGAGUUGGGAAAGUUAUACUUAAUUUGAGGGAUAGAAUUCAGGGAGUUAAGCCUUGACAAGAAAAUUUGAGAGAGAGAGUAAUGGUUUUGUGGGAUUUGAAUAAAGGAAGUAACGUUUUGGGUUUAGAGGGAAAUUAAGGUUUGAUUUUAAAGAAUUUUAGUUGGUGAAAUUUACAGUUCAGUGGUGGGACAAUUGAGUUGGGGAGGAGGUAUGUUUAGUUUUGAGUUGAGAGGGAGUUGUGUUUAGUUUUGAGUUGAGUUGUGUUUAGUUUUGAGUUGAGAGGGUGUUGUGUUUUUAAAACAUAAAACAUGUUACUCAUCAUAGCUUGGUACAUUGAUCAUACCAACGUGUGAUUCCAUGAUACUCAAACAUACUUUCUUUACUAACUCGUACCAAUCUGCAUGUUCUACCACUGCAAAUACAUGUAGGGUCUUGAUAAAACUUGAUUUGAUUCAACUCAAAUGUUAUGAUUCACAAAACUGGUUGGAAAUUAUUAAAAGUCAUGUUAAUCUCAACUGCUAGACAUUAAUUUCCAGUGUUUUGGCAUAGUGACAGUAUUAUAAAUUGAUCUGUGAAAAUAUUCAAUGCAUUAGGAACAGUCUUACAGACAGUCUUAAAAGCUUUGCCCAAAUUCAUUAAAUGUAACUUGAAGCGGACUCUCUUUCUUGUUAAGUAUGUUCUUAGAAUUAUUUAUAUCACAACAUUAUGAUCCCACUUGUGAGGAGAAGUAUCUAGUGGAUAAGUCGGAUUAGAAAAUAGUUUGAUAUAAAAGUCCAGUCUAUCAGUGUCGAAGGUAAUCUAAUGAAUUGGCAUUUAACUUAUACAUCUGGAGAUUAAUACAGCACCACUUGAACUGUACUGCAGCCAAAACUUAUACAUCUGGAGAUUAAUACAGCACCACUUGAACUGUACUGCAGCCAAAACUUAUACAUCUGGAGAUUAAUACAGCACCACUUGAACUGUACUGCAGCCAAAACAGCAGCUGGAAGUAAUUGUCUGUACCGACAAAGUUUAAACCAGAUAUUGAGACUUUUUACAUAUCUACUGGGUAUUUAAUGAGAUUGUAUGAAUAAAUUACUUAUGAGAAGUGUGAUUCCAGCUUUAUAGUUAAUUACUAUACAUGUUCAUGCAUAUUUACGGAUUUUGUCCUUUUUUCUAGAACACAUUAAAUACACUCUUGUCAGUCUUUUUCACUAUCCUCUUUUUACACAAAACAUUAAUUUCAGUGUUUUGGUUACAAUUACUUGCCAAAACUAGGUGGUGCUUAUUGAUUUCCAAAUGUAUUUAAGAAAUAAAGCUAAAACUUGUAUGAAAACAUUAUUGAAUCAUUGGGCUGCAUUUAUGAAGCCUGUUUUUCUCAUGCUUGUGUGUAACUAUAUACAUUUACAAUGCUUAAGAAAAACAAUACUUGUAAAUUUAGCCCCUCAAGUUUUUAACCUAGUAAUUUUUUAGCAGUUUUUAAUUUACAAGGUAAUUAUUUAUAAAUAUGUAAGUUGAUGUUGAUUUAAAAUAUACAUUUUUAUGUCAGUUUCAGUAUUGUUCAUUAUAGUUACAGUCCAUUUGAUCAGUUCACUUGUGUCGUAAAUGAACUGUAAAUGUAAUAUGUUUUAUAUUUAGUUACAGAUUUCAGAAAGUACUUAAAUUGUGAUAUGUAAAUGACAAAUCUUUAAAGACAUUUUUAUAUAUUAUACUUAAUGCUUAGCAUUAAGCUAGAGUUAUACUAUUUGAAUAAACAUUACAUUAUAACUUUUAUAUACAUCGUCUUAUAAGUGUAGUGCCAACAAUCAGUUAAGAAGAAAAGAUAAUUUGCCUUUUUGUGUGUACUCCUCAGUUACUGGUGUAUGUCCGUUUUUGUGUUUUGUCUUCUAUAAGGUGUAAUGUUUUCAGUAUUGUUGGGUCCCAUCACUCGCCAAUUCAUGUUUAUCAGCUCGUUGAACCUAUUUUGUGUUAACAAGUUUUGAUGUGAUAGAUAAAACUUGCAAUGUAAUGUUUAGCAAUAGUGCUUUCAAAAUCAAAGUUUGUAAAUAUAUUUUUAUAUAUUUGUUUAAAUAUUUAAUACCUUUUAUUCACAGUGGUUUGUAUAUUUGUAUAGUAAAUUGACUUCAGUUGUUAUUUUGUUUAUAUCAUAUAUAUAUUAUAUAUAUAUAUAUAUAUAUAUGUACAGUGUAGUGUGAUCUACAGGUGUUAAAAUAUUAUUGUAAUAUUUUAUAAUACAUGUACACUCCGACAGUGUUUUUAAGUUCAGAGAGUGGAGUACUACAGUGUUUUGUGCUUUAUUUUUGGGAAUAAAAUUUAAAUAGUGAUCAAUUUUAUACUGUCAGGCACAAACUAAAUGACAGGAAAUAAAAUGUCGUAGCUAGGGCGGGAGAGGGGCUAGGGCAGUUGCUUCCCUCAGAACCCCCCCCCCCCCCCCCCCCCCCCGAAAGCAUUAUAGAAACUUUAAAACUGUAUAAGGAGUUUUAGACUAUUAACUACUCAGUUGCCCCCCCAAACAAAAAAUCCUAGCUACUACCCUGUAAACACUGGUGUUAAGCAUUGUCCAUAUACAUGUACAUGGUUAUACACACUGGUGUUGAGCAUUGUCCAUAUACAUGGCUAUACACACUGGUGUUGAGCAUUGUCCAUAUACAUGGCUAUACACACUGGUGUUGAGCAUUGUCCAUAUACAUGGCUAUACACACUGGUGUUGAGCAUUGUCCAUAUACAUGGCUAUACACACUGGUGUUGAGCAUUGUCCAUAUACAUGGCUAUACACACUGGUGUUGAGCAUUGUCCAUAUACAUGGCUAUACACACUGGUGUUAAGCAUUGUCCAUAUACAUGGCUAUACACACUUGUACGGCAAACACAGGCUUUGGGACUUCAGCUCAUUUUUAAAAUAUAUAUUAUAAUUUUGUUGGUUAAUUUUAUAAAAGAUCCCUUGCUGAUAUUGGUAAACUAUAGCAGGUUUCCUCUGAAGACUAAAGGUCAAGAUUAACAUGUUUGACAUCCAGUAGUGGAUGAUUAAUAAGUAAAUGUGCUCGUUAAACAAAACAAACUUCAACUACAUUCAGUCGGAAGGUCAUAUGAAGUCCAUGUUUUGAUUACUCAUGAUCUUCGUAAGUUAUAGGUCACGUCUCAGUGUUCUAACCAUCUGAGAUUUGUGAUAUUUUUUGGGGAGUAAAAUACUGAAAUCGGUUUCUUUUUUUAUAAUUCAAUAUGGUCUCAAUAAAAGUUUAUAUCUAAUAGUUUUUGAUUGUCAUCAGUUUAGGUGUUUGCCAGAGAAGAAAAAGAAAAAUACAUAAAAAUUAUAACAGUAUUUCACAUUUAAAUUAAUGAUCUGGUACACAAUUCAGAAACUCUUGCAACUUUGUAAUCAUGCAGUACAGUGGGAAAAUAUUGAAAGGGCACUGUGAUGUUGCUAAAGACAAUUUUGUGAAUUGGGCCUCAGAUCGUUUUUGAAAUUCAGUAGGCUUAUAAAGGCAAGACAAUCGAAACAGGUUUACAGUAGGAAAUAUUCCGCAUAGAACACCUCAGUGCCUUGCUUUACACAAGUAUCACACACCAGCAUGUUUUAUUGUUAACAUAACUCCACUCUACCGAUCCCACCAUUUUGUCUUCUUUUUUUAUUCUUUUUUCUUUUUUUUAGUUACUUAAUCACCUCAUACUCUAAAUUUGUGCUUCCAAUUGUUUUCUAACAUAAUCUCGUUUCCAUGCACAUCCUGCCCAGGUUUUUUUUAAUGGUUUUUAUCAAACUUAGCUUGAUGACUGUUUCUACAUCAGAUUUAUGGGUGAAAUGAUUUAUUGAUCCAUUAUCAAGCAUUAUUGGUGUAUACAGCUGUGUUUGAAAGUCUCCAUUUAUAACAAAUGUUAAAACACUUCAAGAUGAGCACACUACUUUCCAUACCCCUCAUUAUAUGUUAACCGUGCCCCCCCCCCCCCCCCCCAACUGUUUUAUUAAUAAAUAUUUGUGUGUUAAAAACUAUACCUUGGUGCAGUUUAUAUAAAAUAUAGAGAAUUCUGCCAAAAAUACUUUUCUACUAGUGGUAGGAGCAGCUGUAUGUAAAAGUGAUGUUGUUUUUCGCUUCAGGCAGCAGGCAGACGGACGGUCAUGUUCUACUUGUAGAGGAUUGUAUAUCUGUGACUUACCCUUCCUAGGUGUGCAGGCAGCUUACCUGUAGACUCGGCAAGAGUUUCCUUUAUUUUCAGAUGCAAACUUCACACUGUAGAUUUUCUACUGUACAUACCAGGAUGUCUAAUGUACAUAUCAGUGUCUAAUACUGUCCUUUGUACGUCUCAACUGUAUAUAUUUUUAACUAGAUGUUUUCAUGCUCUCUUAUGGUGCUUCGUUUGUCCUGGAAGUGCAAUUGCUUUUGUAGCAAGAAAAUAAAAUAAGUGCAUUAAUAAAAAGUUUUGUAUGCUG